AUCAUGAGUACCGGAAAACAGUAUUAUAGGAUGCCUCGAGUCAGAUAUCACAUUUUAUCGCGUCUGUAAUUUGGCUUUGGCCUUUGAAAUGCACGUUGCUAUUAGUACCCGACCAUAAUAUGGUCAUAUACCGACUACCACCAUGACUUCGACCCCCAUUCCCGAAGAGAGUCAGCCGGCUCUUAAACCAGUCCAACGUCCCUUAAGUCUAAUACCCGUCGGCCUCAAAGAAGCCGCCCUCGACAGUCCCACGUUUCGCGCAACCGCAGUCCACUUCAGCGAACAGAUCGACCUUAUCGAACGAUGGCUAGAUGGCUUGGUUCGAGCCACAAGCCGAGUUGCCAGCGAUGUUAGCUCUCUGGAAAACCAUAUAAACAACUUCCUCCUUUCUUGCACGCCUCCGCCGCAGAUCUCGGAAGCUGCCAUUGACCAUGACUAUACGAGCCUGGCGUCGAAGCUGUACUCCGACGGCGUCAGAGCGUCUGCGAGCAGUAUGAUAAGAUGGACGAAGAGGCUCGAAAACACCGUCGCUGAACCUAUCCGUGGGUUCCUUCGAGAUGACUUGAGAAAGCUGAAGGAUGCGCGCAAAGACCUGGAGGCGGCGCAACGUGCCUUUGAUACUGCUCUAUCACGAUAUCUCGGCCAAGGGAAAACAAAAGAAGCUUCAAGCUUACGAGAAGAUGCGUUCCAGCUGCAUGAAGCGCGGAAGUCUUACCUCAAGGCAUCCAUGGACUUUUGCAUAUUGGUGCCCCACUGCCGAAACUCUCUGGACAAGCUCCUAUUGAAAGUCUUCUCGGAUCAGUGGAGGGAGAUGAAACAAUCUCGAGACAGCGUUACGAGCGUCCUUGAUAAAUUCACGCCCGAAAUGGACCGCGUCCGUGGUUGGAGUAGAGAAAUGGAGAACAGCGAGAUGAUAUUCCGCCGGGAGCUAGCCAUGGCGCGAAGACAGAUCGAAGAUACUGCAGAAACUGCAGCUCGUCCGUCAAGAGAACUUGACUCUUAUGCGAUCUAUUCCGUCCCAGCUGCUGGGACGGCCCCGCCUGGUACUGCCCCAUUUCCUUCACCCGCAAAGCCCGGACCGCCGAAAUCCGAGAAACAGAGCUGGCUAUUCCAAAAGACUACGACAGGGAAACCAGCAAGGACUCUCUGGGUCCGACGAUGGUUUUUUGUGAAGCAUGGCAUCUUCGGAUGGCUCGUCCAAGGCUUGCGAUCCGGGGCGGUUGAGGAGUCCGAGAAAAUUGGAGUUCUCCUCUGUGGUGUUCGACCCGCUAGCGGAGAGGAGAGGCGGUUUUGUUUCGAGGUGAAGACUAAAGACACGACAAUUACCUUGCAAGCGGAGACACCGGCUGAGUUGAGCGAUUGGCUGAAUUCCUUCGACCUCGCGAAAAGGAAAGCGUUGGAAGGCAGCCACAUUGUAGGAUUGAUUGGCUCUGGGACUCCUGAUCCUGCUUUUGCAAUUAGCCCACCUAUUGCACCAGAAUUUGCCGCAAAGACCGGCGACGGAGCAGUGAGCAGUGCCCUUGAAGAAGGAUCUCUUGAUCGUGCAGGAACCCUGCCAGUGUCCGAGCAUAAUAGUAUUUCUGGGAGCCUGGCCGCCCGAGGAGGGAGCGUCGAUGUCUCACGCAAAUCGAUGGUCGAGAGGGAUGGUGAAAGCAGCAGAGAUCAUGCAGCACGGAUUAUUCAGAGGCUUGAUCUACAUCGCAAAGGAACAGGCGGGCUUUCCCAGCCUGGUCAUAGUAGCAACGUCGCUUCGGGGGGCAUUGCAAGCCUGGUCUCAGCAACGCACAACGUCGUUCCCAUCGGGGUCGGAGCUUCGCCUGGUCCAGCGACUCUUGACACGAAACCACCCCCCCAGAGCAGUCCUUCGUCCAGCCUUGCCCCAUCAACCUUGGCGAUUGCACCGGCUCCAACAAACCUCAGCAAAACCGCUGUCAUCGUCAGCGGUGAGCGAGGUUUUAGCAUUAGCUCGUUGAUAGGCGGCAUCCCUGGCGGUUUGAUGGCCAACCUAUGGGGAUCGGAAAACUGGGCUCACGUUAACAAACUUGAGCAACGUCCCAAAAAGUCUUCCGGAAGUGUAGAGUCUUCUCGACAGACCAGCCCCUUGGUUGGACCCGGCACAUCAAUCAAUAGCCCGACGGACACCCUCGGAGAAUUGCCUUCGGUUACUGCUCCUCUUACUCCUCGUACUGCCACCCCACCGUCACAUCGGAAGAGUGCGAGUGCUGCCACGGUCUCGGACACGCACGAUUCGAAGCCGUCACCCCGAGCGCCUUCAUAUCCGAAUUACUAUCCGCUCCCUCUUAAGGCACAGGAUGCGCAAUUCCGAAUGCUUUUCCCGGCUGUUCCACGCGACGAGCAUCUUGUCCUCGUGUUCCGAGGGACGUGGAACCCAAAUGAUCAGCAAGAAUUCCCCGGCCGCGUCUACGUCACGGUGAGGGACAUGUACUUUUACAGCCACCACCUGGGCAUGGUUUUGGUCUCGGGAGCGAGCCUGCGGGCUAUCUCGGAAGUGACGGCGGCACCAGGCCGUGACUGCGACUUCAUCUUCCUUCACUUCAAAGAAGGCGUCCGGGCCGAUGGUGCAACACGGGUUACCAUCAAGAUUUUCUUGGAACCACUCAAGCUCCUUCAGACACGUUUGAAUUAUCUUGUCCAAAACGCCGUUGCGGACUCUCUCGCACCGGCAGAAGAGGUAUUGAAGACCCUUAUCCGAAUGGAAGGAACAGAUGGCGUCGAAAGCCCCAGCAUGGAGAGUUGGGAAGAUGUCUCCGUCAAUACUCCCGUGGACGGAGCAUAUCCAAGGCGGGAUCAUGAGAUCACUGCGAAUCUCCGGGUUGAUAACAGGUUAUUCAAAGAUCCCAAUUUGGGCCAAAUUAGUCGUAACGCCACAAAAUUCAGGUUACCAUCGCAGCCCGUUGUAUACACUCCCCAGGGGAUGAAAGAGUCCGCCAUGGAACGGGAGUUCGGGAUCAGUGCGAAGGCACUGUUCCACAUGAUAUUUGGAGACAAGAGCACCAUCUUCCACAUGCUCUAUGCGAGCCUAUGUAAUCAAACCACCAUCCGGACGCCUUGGACCGCGAAGGAGAAUGGAAAUCACAGGCGAGAUUUCCUAAUUGACGGAAGCGAGAUCAUCCUCGCCUAUCAAGUCAUUGAAGUUUUGAACGAUCACCUCUGCUACGUUGUUUCUGAUCGGAGACGGCCGAUGAAGCUGCCGAAGGCCGACAACUUUUCUGUGCUGACGAAAAUCGUAAUCACUCACAUCUCGAAAUCUCGAUCCAAGCUAGGGAUCUGGACAAGAGUCGACUGGCAUCGACCUACGUUCGCCAAAGGAACAAUAUCUAGAUAUGCAAUGGAGGAGCAGCAGAGUAUCUGCGAGCACCUUGUUCGCGUUGCGAGCGAGCAGGCCAGCACUGUCCGCUAUCCCUUUUCAAGUAGGCAAGCUACUUCUAUCUAUGGUGCCAUUGGCUUGCUGAAAUCGGACGUCUCCCUUGGUCCGCAAACGAGCGGCUCCGCAGUUGCGCAGAUCUGGGAAGGCUCUGGGGAUAGUGCCCAUGUUAAAGGGUCGUCUUUGCUUGCUCCAGGGAAGCUCACUGUCCCUGGUCUUAUAUUCAUCGAGAUCAAACAAAACAUCUCCUGUGCAGCCGGGACGUUCGGCAGCUCGUUCUGGACAGGCAUGUGCAACUGGAUCACUGCAUUGUCUGCUCACAAAGUUCUGGUGCUUUCUCUUCUUAUAUGUCUGGUUUUCAAUUUCUUCUUUGUUUCACGGGAUGGUUGGCAAUGGUACGUGGAGCGGAACGCCCGCAGUUAUAUGAAGGAAAUUGGGGUACAUCCCGGCGUUGUGCUUCAGAAAUCCGUUCGGGUUCACGAGAUGAUGGAUAUGAUUCACGAUUCCCACAACGUUACGUUUUCCGAUGCCGCAGCUGGCCAGAGUUGCCGCUCAUCCUAUCAAGCCCUCCUUUUAGAUACCGUCGCCGACCGUGCCGCCAUUGAUGCCGCGCUAUCAACCAAUUUUCAAAGCUCGAUGAACCGACUUGGAUCAUAUCGCCACGACCUCCUUGUUUCAUUACGACUAGUCGGUCGAGUCGAGCAGCAGGUCGUCCAGGCCGAGUGGGAACGAUGGCUUCUUGGUGAGAGCGAAAAGUGUCGGGGAAUGCAGAAGGUGCUUGACGCCAACGAGACCGGCGAUGGCGAUGCCGAAUUCGAAGGCUUGAAGGGCUGGUGGAACGAAUAUUGCGGCGAUUGCCUUUCUGAGGCCCUGAAGCUGUAGCCUUUUGUCUUAAUGAUGCCAGGAAAGUUAUUUGCAGGGAGCAAAUGUUUGCACGCCUAACCUAACCAUUUUUGCGGUCUGGCAUUACAAUAUUAACUGUAGAUAUUUAUAACUACGGUACAUACAUGCCUUGUUUACGACCAAUUGGUAGUCCAACCACAUUUAGCUGCCUCUAACCGUGAUAUCAGAUAUAUC